AUGGUUGCUGGUGUGGAUGGUGGUCGAGCGGAUGUCGAGCGAAUGUUGCGCCGGUGUCGAUUGUCUCAGAUGAAAAUGGGGAUUAUCUUUCACACCGCGAACAAGCGGCGUGGAAAACAUUUGACGCAAAAUCCGGUUGCGACAGCCGAAAAGCAAUCAUUCGAUUUUUAUAAUGGGAAAUAUAAAAGCUUCAAUUGCAAUCAAGUAUUGAUCUCUCUCUCUCUCUCUCUCACAAACACACACUCUUUUAAUUUGCUUCUCUCUAUCUUGCUCUCUUUCACACUCUCUUUCUCACUCUCUAUCUUGUUCUCUCUUUCUCUCUCUUUCUCAAUCUCUUACUUUACAUCUCUCUUUUGUUCUCUAUCUGUUUUUCUCUCUCACACACACUCUUACUUUCCAUCUCUCUUAAAAUCUCUUUCUCACUCUGUUACUUUUCCUCUUUAUCUGCCUGACUCUUUCUCACUCAUUCCCACUUUUACUUCCCUUCUCUCUCUAUCUUUCUCUCUCUUUCUCUUUCUCACUCUCUUAGUUUCCCUCUCCCUCUAUCUUUCUCACUCUUUCUUUUUCUCACUCUCUUACUUUCCCUCUCUAUCUCACUUUCUCUGUCUCACUUAUUCUCUUUCUCUCUCUUACUUUUUUCUCCUUGCUUCAUUUCUUCCUCUUUAA